ACCGAAGCGGACCACUAGCCAUGCACCGGCCGGCCCGGACCGCGGUCUAAUUGCAGCAGCCUGCAUACAUACAUAUACGCGAGUCUGGUCGAUUUAGGGCAUUUAUAAAUUAUACACACCCCACUGCAUGCUGCUGUUUGUUCCAUAAGAAUACAUUCGAGUUGGAAAUAAUCAAAUGGCUAUUGUGUUUGAGAGGAUGACACGGAUGAGGUUUAGGUGCAGAAUUACAGGGGUGGGUCCACCCCUUUUCCGUCAGGCAUUCCCGAUGUCAUCAAUGCUGCCGGAUUGUCACCACAACAAAAUCAUAUGCCUUAUCCCUGCAAGCACUAAAAGAUGUCUGUCAACAGUAUCUACUUCGACAUCAUCCAUUGAAAAAGAUGACAACUUUGUUCGUGUUCGAUUUGCGCCUUCUCCUACUGGCAAUCUCCAUGUCGGCGGUGCCAGAACUGCUCUCUUCAAUUAUUUAUUCGCUAGGUCCAAAGGUGGGAAAUUUCUUCUUCGUAUAGAAGACACAGACUUGGAGAGGUCUACCAGGGAAUCUGAAGAAGCCGUGCUGAAAGAUCUUUCUUGGCUUGGACUGCAUUGGGAUGAAGGCCCCGACAUUGGUGGAAAUUAUGGUCCAUAUAGGCAAUCUGAAAGAAAUGCACUCUAUAAGCAAUAUGCCGAGAAGCUUCUGAAUUCUGGUCAUGUUUAUCGCUGCUUUUGUUCUAAUGAGGAGCUGGAAAAAAUGAAGGAGAUUGCCAAGUUAAAGCAGCUGCCUCCAGUAUACACCGGAAAGUGGGCUAGUGCCUCGGAUGAAGAAGUGCAAGAAGAAAUUCGAAAGGGGACCCCAUUUACAUAUAGAUUCCGUGUGCCCAAGGAAGGGAGUCUGAAAAUUAAUGAUCUUAUUCGAGGGGAAGUUAGCUGGAACUUGGAUACACUUGGAGAUUUUGUCGUAAUGAGAAGCAACGGUCAACCUGUUUACAAUUUUUGUGUUACGGUGGAUGAUGCUACCAUGGCUAUCUCACAUGUUAUAAGAGCAGAAGAGCAUUUACCAAAUACUUUAAGACAAGCAUUGAUAUACAAGGCACUUGGGUUCCAAAUGCCUUACUUUGCACAUGUUUCUCUAAUACUAGCCCCUGAUAAGAGUAAGCUAUCAAAACGACACGGUGCUACUUCAGUUGGUCAGUUCAAGGAGAUGGGAUAUCUUCCUAACGCAAUGGUGAACUAUCUAGCACUGUUGGGUUGGGGAGACGGCACUGAAAAUGAGUUUUAUACCCUUGAGCAACUAGUUGACAAGUUCACUAUCGAGCGUGUGAACAAACAUGGAGCAGUGUUCGAUUCAACCAAGUUCAGGUGGAUGAAUGGCCAAUACCUGAAGUUACUUGCACCACAAGAGUUAGCCAAGCUUCUCGGUCAUCAUUGGAAGAGAACUGGGAUCCUCAUGGAAUCAGAGGGGCUAUUUGUCGAGGAGGCUGUUGAACUUUUAAAAGAUAAAGUCGAUUUGAUAAGUGACUCAGAGAAUGCACUCACAAAUUUUCUUUCCUACCCUCUGUUCGAGACUCUGUCAAGUUCUGAAGCCAAACCUGUAUUAGGAGAUAGCCUUUCUGAAUUUGCAAAUAGCUUAUUAGCUGCCUACGACAGUGGCGAGCUCUUUGAUGCACUGAACCAAGGAAAACCUGGAUGGCAGAAUUGGGUGAAAAGCUUUGGAAAAUCAGUAAAGCGGAAGGGCAAAUCUCUCUUUAUGCCACUCCGAGUUCUGCUAACAGGAAAGCUUCAUGGCCCAGAUAUCGGAGCUUCUGUGGUUUUGCUGCAUACUUUAGGAAGUGGUGAUAUUGUAGCAUCUGAAAUAGGGUUUGUGACAUUGGAAGAAAGGAUCAAGUUGCUAAAAGAAGUUGAAUGGAAAUCUUUCAACAACAAUCAGACUGUCUUGGAGCCGGCCAUCAUAUCUCAAUAACAAGUCAUUUUUACUUCAAACAUGAGCUAUCUUUGCAACUUGCUGUGCUGUGAGAUUCUGAUUAGAUAGGAUAUUAGUGAGCUCAGACAUCUAGCAUCCAUAGGUUUGUUAAUAAUCCUGAAUGAAAUGAUGAUCACAAGAAAUAAGCUGCAUGGUCAGCC